AAUUAAUAUAUUGGCGCCUGGAAACAAAAGAGCUUAUACAAUGGAGGUUGAGGAAGAGGAGGAGGAGACAGAUGAUGAUGAGAAGGAGGGGGACGAUGAACUUGAAGCAAAAGCUUUGAGAAAGAAAACAAAAAAACGGAAAAAGCACUUUGAGCCAUCAGAAGUUGGUAUGCUAGCUAAGUGCUUGUGCAUUCUGCUUGUUUCAAUUCGUGUUGGGAAGAUCAACAAGCAAGGGACUCUCUUAUGCCCAACUGGUAUAAGGAACUGUAUCAUGAGUUACAUGCCUUGGACAGAUUUGAACAAGAUUAUCGGCACAAGCAACAGGAAGAGGACAACUCAAAUGCUGCUCAAAGAGUGUGUACUAUUAGGUGCUAUCCCAUUCCCUGCGAUGUUGAAUGAUUGAAAGAUCUUGGUGUUUGUGAAGUGAUCAUCUUAAUUGAGCCAUGUGAGACUUUGGUUCCAAUAUCUCUAUAUCAAAUUCGAGAUUAGAUAUGGACAUGUUUGGUAAUCUGGAGAGCAAAAUCUAGCUCAUUUUGUGUUUUUGUUCAUUUUACCUUACAUGUAUUUUGGUUGCAUUGUAAAUUUUAUAUUUUUAUGGGUAUUACAGGACAUGUUUGGUCAUCCGCACUUAAUAUUAUAUUUUUGUGGAUAUUAAUAGACAUGUUUUUUGUGGAUAUUAGGAGGCGUGUUUGGUAAUUCACAUGUGGUUGAUAUUGUAUU